GUUAAAAAUGGUUCAUAUUCUUCUUUACUGUCAGCAUUAGAUUCUACAUCAAGGGGAGUUGGACCUUUUACAUCAAGAGGAGUUGAGCCGGAAGAUAUUCUUGACCUGGCCAUAGAGGAUGACUCAGCUACAGAGCGUAAAGUGCCAGGACAGGGUGGUCGUCUCCGAAUCGCUGCAAAUUCUUAUGUGACAACGGACAUAGAUACAAAAAACAACAAUGACAAAAUAUCUCUUGUAUUUGCACAUGCUACAGGAUUUCAUAAAGAAUUAUGGAUUCCUGUCAUAAAAAAAUUACAUGAACAAAGACAUCGAUGGAACGGUGGUGAUAUCUGGACCUUGGAUUGUUCGAAUCAUGGUGAUAGUGCGUUAUUAAAUAAAGAUGUUUUGCCUAAUAGUUUCCAAUGGCCCGACUUUUCUCGCGAUAUUCUUCAACUUAUCGAUGAGGCAAAAAUUAAAAAACCAAUUAUUGGUAUAGGGCAUUCAUUUGGUGGAGCUUCCAUUUUAAUGGCAGAAACUAUUCGUCCUGGUACUUUCGCUAGUAUUCUUGCCAUUGAGCCUAUAUGUAAUCCUAUGUUCAUUAAAGGAUUUAGACUGGAUAACACAACUGUUAAAAAAAGAAGAGACAGAUGGCCGGAUAGAGAAACAGCACACGCUGGUUUUAGUACGAACCCAUUUUUUCAAUGUUGGGACCCUGAAACGCUUAAUCUUUAUGUUCAAUAUGGAUUAUAUGAAUUGCCAUCCGGAGAAGUUACAUUAAAAUGUUCUAAAACUCAAGAAUUUUAUACAUUUUUUCACGAACCGGCAUCAAAAGUCUCAACAUUUCAUCAACUACCGAAAAUUCAAUGUCCCAUUCUAUUUGUUGUUGGUAGUAAAUCGACUUACGAUAGUAAAGAUGUGGCUCUUCUUAGAGCAACACAAUGUCAAAAUGGUGAGAUUAUAUGUGUGGAUACUGGUCAUUUGGUGCCAAUGGAAAAACCUGUACUAACUGCGGACAUUAUUGAAUAUUUCGCACGUAAAUUGUCGAGAAAUAACAGUAAGUUACAUAAGAAAUUAUCUGAAGACAUAAAUGUACACCCAGUUUUGGCCAUGUUAUAA